CUCAACCUGCUCUUAGUGGAAGCGCUGUUGGACCAGAGAUGAGAUAUAGCCCUGGAGAGCUCCCAACCACAUGAAUGCAUAAAGCGCCACGACGCCGCGGAGUCGCUCGGUUCUGAACCCGCCUCGGAAACAACAGAACUUCUCUUCACCGCACCGGAUCGAUCGGAGAUUUUCCUUUUAAUCAAUGGAUUGGCGUUCAAACGGGUUGGUCAUUUUAUUGCUCCGGGACGGCUAAAUAAGGGGUAAAGAAAGAGCGCGUAUUCCUGAGUGAGUGAGAGAGGAGAGACGGGGGAGAGGGUGGGAGGGAGGGACAGGGAACGUUUAUCCUUCAGCUAUGGAGCUCACCAUGGAGAACCUUCACAGCGUCUCCUCGCACUCCCAGGCGGGGGACCUCAUGAGCUCCCCGCACGCUCGGCCGUCGCCGUCCCCCAGCUCCACUCCCAGAAAUCUGGUCUCGCACGCUCCCGGUGGGCGGUCAGCCAUGGUCUCCGGUAUGGCCUCGCUGUUGGAGGGGACUGGCGGGGACUACCGGACAGACCCGUCUGCGUUAUCCGGACACCUCCAUCCGUCCAUCAGCAUGUGUGAGACCGGGAUGAGCCUUAGUAACACUUACACCACCCUGACCCCCCUGCAGCAUCUACCUCCGAUAUCCACCGUCGCGGAUAAGUUUCACCACCCGCACUCCCACCACCACGCUGCCGCCCAUCAACGACUCUCCACCGGGAACGUCAGCGGGAGCUUCACGCUGAUGCGGGACGACCACCGGGGGCUUACCUCCAUGGGCAACCUGUACAGUCACUACCCCAAAGAGAUGUCCGUGCCCGGGAUGAGCCACGGCUCGCUCUCCCCGCUGUCCAGCGGGCUGGGCUCCCUGCACAACUCCCAGCAGCCGCUCUCAGCCUACGGUCCCAGCGCGCACCUCUCCACCGACGCCAAGAUGCUCUCCCCGGUGUCCGGCUUCGAGUCCCACGCGUCAAUGCUGUCCCGAAGCGACCAAGAGCACUUGGCCAGGAGUUUAGGGGGCCACGGCCACGGCAUGAUCUCCAACCUCAACGGCAUGCACCACCACCCGCACAGUCACCUCCACUCGCAGGCGAACGGCGCGGUGAUGCUGGGGGACCGGGAGAGGCACGGCCACGGAGCCAACCAGGGAGUAUCAGGCUCCGGCAUCCAGGCGGAGGAAAUCAACACAAAGGAGGUGGCUCAGAGGAUAACGGCCGAGUUAAAGCGGUACUCCAUCCCGCAGGCCAUAUUCGCCCAGAGGAUCUUAAGCCGGUCGCAGGGCACCUUGUCAGACCUACUACGGAACCCCAAACCCUGGAGUAAGCUCAAGUCUGGCCGGGAGACCUUCAGGAGGAUGUGGAAGUGGCUGCAGGAGCCCGAGUUCCAGCGGAUGUCUGCGCUCCGGCUUGCCGCCUGUAAACGUAAGGAGGAGGACCGAGGCCGAGAGCGCAACCAGGUGCCAAAGAAGCAGCGACUGGUCUUCACCGACCUGCAGCGUCGCACCCUGGUAGCCAUCUUCAGAGAGAACCGGCGCCCGUCCAAGGAGAUGCAGCUCACCAUCUCCCAGCAGCUGGGCCUGGAGCUCUCCACCGUCUCCAACUUCUUCAUGAACUCACGCCGCCGCUGUCCGGACCGCUGGGACACAGAGGAGCACAGUCACGGGGUGCACGGCCACGGCCACACGCACACGCCCCACGGAAACAGCAGCAGCAACAACAACAACAACAACAACAACAACAACAACAACAACAACAACAACAACAACGGCGCCUCACCCAUCCAACCCGGCACCUCCUCUGCCACCACGUUCUCCAAGGCCUGACGCUGGCUGGCUGCAGAGGUUUCAUUCACUUCAAAGCAGUGGGCUCAGAUCGUGCAGAGCUGCUGGGUGUUUAACUGCAGACCUGAUUCAUCUGCGCAAAGUGCUGAGGACUUGUGCAGGUGAAUCGGAUCUUCUCUCUAUGUGUUUUCUUUUUCUUUUCAAUCUGAAUGUCAUGCGUAUAUGGGGCUAACUUCAAAUCCAGUAGCUUUAAGAGAGUUUCCCUCAAACAAUCACACGUGGCUCUCCGUUAAUCCACCUGAAAACCAAAGAAAACCGCCCACCGCACUGUGGGUCUGCGUUGAAGCCUUGAAGAGAGAGCUUUCUUCCCCCCUUUUUUUGCUUCAGGGAAUCAGUAGCUUUAAGACCUUGAGCGGUCUUCACAAAUCAGCCAGAAAUCAGACGGCAGGUGUAUCUGCUGGGCUGAUUGAUGAGCUGCGUUUCUGUGUCAAGUGUCUGUGAAACGCUCUCUGCGGGUCCCAACCGCACACCACCUCGUGGCUCUGCAUCGUUGCAUGCAUGCGCGUGUGUCGUGCGUGUGCAUGUGCGUAAAAGUUCACAUGCUCCAUGUGCUCCAAGCUCGUAAAAAUUCCCCUGCAGUAGCUCAGCCCCGCUCCACGUCAGAGUAACAGCGCCACCUGCUGACCAUUCAAACCAACACGUGAACAUGCCUCGUUCAUGUUGUAGUUUCAGCUUCAUAUCUCCAGCAGGCCGAAACAUUACAGCCUGCAGUGUAAAUUUGUAUUAGGACGCACAUAAAACACGACAUACGCAAAAGUGUCGCCCUGCAAACCCCAGACAAAACACUAAAACGUGGUCAUCCUCACACCCUUUGAUACAUAUUUGAAUGUCCGUCUCUUAAGACUCAUUGUAUGGCUGCCUGCAUAGACUGUGUAGCUGCUUGAGAGGUUAUUUUCAGGUUACAAAAAGGAGAACAAUCAAACAGGGGACGACGCUGGGCUCAUUAGAGAGCCUUGUCCUCUAGUAUAGGGAGCGAUAGAGGGAGGGGGGGUCUGCUCUGUUCUAGUGGCCAAACACAGAGGUCAAAUGUCACAAUAUAGGAUCCCGAGUGCCAAUGACGUUUGCCUCUUUAUGAUAAUCAGAGAACAGACGCAGGCCUCUCCGUCGCCGUGCGCCCCGCUGUGUCUGGUCUGUGUCAUUACAAACUUCAAACUGCGAGCACUAAACGGGCACGUCGCCUGUUCCAUACCUCAGAAAAACACUGAUGUGAUCAACGUGAAACACAAUGAACUGUAAAUACUCUUUGAUUUCAUCUCUCUUUCUCUCCGACUUAUCUAUUCUCUAUUUAUCUACUCUCUUGCUACCCCCACCCCGAUGUGUCUUUCUUUCAUUUCCUCCCCUCCUUAACUAUUGAUGCGGGUAAUAAUAGUACCAUAGACACAUGGUUUCUCUCUCGUGACUAUUGUGCUAUGUUGUGCUGAAACUAUAUGUAAAGAAGCACCUUGUCGACAAAAUGUAAAAAUUUAAAGAUCGAAAACAAACCAAAAAAAAAGACAAAUCAACAUGUCAUAGACUGAUCCUAUGCACAGACAAGGAAGGGAUACCACAAGUGACAAACUGUGCAUAUUUGUGAACACCUGUGUGAGCGAAUAGAUGGACUGUCUGGACGUGAAGGACCUCUUCCUUGAUCUCUAAACUUUGACCUCUUUGAACUGGACUGUCGCUGCAUUCCUCUGCUGAUGGUGUUCUUUGGUUACCAUGAGAACCGCCUCAUUUUCUUUGUGUCUUUUUGAAUUGUUCUUAUUCCUGUUAUUUAUUUUGUGGGCAAAGCCACUUGUUGUGUAGCAUCUUCUAGCGGGAGAUAAUCAUAUUAGAGAGGAGACAGGAGGAAGAAGGGUUGCAGCAGGGGAGGCAGGAGCAUCAGAGGCCCAUCAUGAGACUGGAAGGAACCAUUUAAGGUGACAUUCCUCCAUAAACUGCUCAUUAAGUGGUGCACUACAACAGAUUUCCUGAUGGAGGUGUCAUUUAGGAAUUCCUCCAGGAGUCCAGAGGGGGGGGAAACUUUUCAGUGCAGAUUUGUGAAGUUCAGACCCGAAGCAGAGAGUUAGCGGUGGAGACGUUAGCGUGUGUUUGUGUGGCUACCUCACAGAAAAAACGCCGACUGUGACACGGCCAUCAAUACCAAAGAUACUUCAAUCCUGCUGUGUUCACACUGGAUCAAACACACACACAUGCAGACACGCACGCAGAGUCGCACGCAGAUGCAGACGUGCAGGUUUUGCACUUCCACAGAGCAGUCACGCUACACGGCAAACACAACGGGGUGUUUGCUGUGUGGGAAGAGUUGAGUGCCUUUUUCCUUCAACCAGGGGUUGGACUGCUCUGAUGACACACACACACACAUAUAUGAACACACACAUGUUCAAAGUGAACGGAGGGCACGCACUGGGUAAAGGGGUCCUCAUGACAUUAAAAAAUAAGUUUUGUUCUGAUUCAAAGAGCACCUUUUUUCACACAGAGAGGGGAAAAGAUUGUUUACUCUCACCCUUUUUGUUGUUUCUUUGGAUAUCCUGGUGAGACUACAACUCACAGAGUCCUCUCUAUGGUACACACAUGCACACACACUCCAGCCAGAGAUAUUUUUGUGUAAUUUGUAAUCCGAGUGUAGGUGUGUGUGUGUAUUUGACUGUUUACAAAGCCCCCCUACUCUGUCUCAUUGGCCUUCCUCUAAAUUGAACCGACGUUACUAUCAACCAAUGAGGAAUCAGUGCAGAAAUUUCUCCACCUUCCGUCUCGUAAAGACACAUGAUGCCCACUGGUGACCCCCGCCCAUCCAAAGCCCUCUCCGCUGGUCCCUCUGUCCAGGGUAGCAUUACAACAAGGCAGGCAUGUGUAGACAAUUCAUCUCGAUAUACCUCAAAAUCUUUAUUGUAAAGGUUAAUGUAGUGAAACAAUAAUGACAAUGUUUAGCAAUGAGAGUGACACUGAAGUCACAGCAAAAAUGAUUGUUCUGGUUAUUUAUUUAUUUAUUUAAAGGAGCGUUUGAAGUGUAAGCUGUUGUAUGAUUUCAGCAUCUUUUGAGUUUAUUUAUGUUUGUAGAUUUGCACGGUGUCCUUUUUUGGAAGUAAUCGAAAGACUGGUGCAGAAAAUGGCAUAAGGAUGACAUUAAAAGGUAGGAAAGGAUAUAAUAUUGGUAGGAGAAGAAAACAUCUGAGAAAAAGAUAAAAACAUUGCAUCAAGGACACGCUCAUUUCAGUUUUGCAUCACUUUUUUUUUUGGGCUAACUUUGUGUUUGAAGAUUGUCUCCUGUGUGUAUUAAAGUGAUUCCCAUAUUAAAAAAAGAGAACCAAUCAAAGCACCUCUGUCAUUAGGGGUGGGAUGAGCGAUUCUUUUAUGCAUGGAUACUAUAUAAAUGUAUAUAAACAGCAGGAUGAACUGUACCUCUACAGGUGGAGGAGAGGGGGAGAAACGGGGAAAACAAACAACUGGGUUUUGGUUUCCGAAUAAUCUUUACAUUCUUUUUGGCUCUGUGUCUUUUAUGUGCUGUUUGUAUAAAAUCUGUGUAUUUGUACGUGUUUCAGGUUCAUUACUGUGUCUCUCCCCUCCUGUUGUAACUCUUCCCUUUGUGUGUGAUAAACCCCAACACUUCCAUCUCUGUAUCGUUACAUCAUGCAGGUUUGAGUGUGAGUUUGUGUGAGUUUCAUUCCAGCUCAUCUGUUAGUCUGAAUUUGAUCGGUCUGGGAUGUUUGUCUGCCUUAGGAGCCGGCCCAAGCUUAAACAGACAGACAGACAGACAGACAGACAGACAGGCAGACAGACAGACAGGCAGACAGACAGACAGACAGACAGACAGGCAGACAGACAGACAGACAGGCAGGCAGACAGGCAGCUGACAUACGGCUCCUUCCUUCCUUCUUUCCUUCCUUCCAGUGCAUCAAAAUGGCGUCAUUUGCUUAUUUUUUUUUUCUCCUUCAGACAGACCUCAGAGCUCUGGAAGCCCCAGUGUCGAUGUUCUCUCCCUCUUCCCUUCCCGAUCAAUCAAUCAGAACCAAGUGUCUUUGUGAUGGUAGAGACAAUCAAUUUCAAAUAGAGCAGAGGCGAAGAAAAAAAGAAGAAGAGGGAGAGAGAGAAAGCGAGUGAUGGAGGAGGGCAGAGAAACUGACUGGACAGGAGAGAUGGGAGGAAAUGGGGGAGAACGGCUCUUGGUGUGUGCGUUAGUGUGUGUUUGUGUGUGUGUGUGUGUGUGUGUGUGAUCACCUUUGACCUCUGCAGAGUGACCUUUAAGGUGGAGGCCGAGGCUUUCAGGACCCUCCCCCGGCCAUGAAGGGGUGGCGGUGGGGAUCUGACUUGUUAAGUGGACAUCUAAUCGAAGAUGUUAAUCAAAUGCCUGCACACAUAUAUGCACACACGUACACACACACACACACACACACACACACACACACACACACACAGCCGUCACACACAGAGCCUUUCUUCUGAUCUUCAUCUCAGUCGUACAGUCUGUCAGUCAUGUUGUUCUGCCUUCAGCCUGUGGAGGAAGAAUCGAGUAAUAACUGGAACAAAUAAUACACUGAGUGAAAAGCAGUAUGGUUAAACUGUGUGUUUUGACAAAAAACAAAUAAAGAAACAAGCGAUUGGCUGACUGGC